UGUUAGAAGCCUGGAAUCAGUUUAAAGGGGGAAAGCAGGAGCCACUGAAUUGUCCACGCACUGAAGUGCCCCCAAGAUUCCGUGACGAAGGGAGCAGAGCAUUUACAAGCCCGCCAUCUUCUUCAAGAAAGCCGCAAGACCUCGCAGGGACCGAUCCAACCUUUCCUUCCUACCUCCUCCAGCUUCUUAGCAUUGCCGGUGACAAAUAUCACACUCCUUCCAGCUACCGGUAUCAUCGCCAUUGCUACCUUCUCCGUUAUUCAGCCAAUCCCCAGCCAGAAAUAGGCUCCGUUAGCCAAUCAGAGAGACUGUUAUAUGAUGUGGCUGACGGUAAGGGGGCAAGGGCUCAUGACCUAACUCUGCAAUCCAUUGGAGAUAUGAGGUAAAGGCGGAAGGCACAGCCAGCCAAUGAGAAUGGAGAAAGAGAGGAAGGAGGAUCCGAAAAAAGCUGAUCGGUGGAGGCACUUCCGGUACGUUAUCCUAUCGCAUAAGCCCAGUUUCCCAGUCCUCGUGGCUGUCACCAUGGAGGAACUUCAGCUGCUGCCGCGACGGGUGCGGGACUUCGCCUCAUCCGACUACUGGGAGCGCUUCUUUCGGGAGCGAGGCGGACGCGCCUUUGAGUGGUACAGAGAGUGGAAAGAGCUUCGAACCCUCUUAGGACGGUACCUGCGCCCGCGGGACUCGAUCCUUGUUGUUGGCUGUGGCAACUCGGAACUGAGUGAACAGCUCUAUGAUGAAGGGUAUCAAGAUAUCAUCAAUGUGGACAUUAGUGAAGUGGUUGUCAAGCAGAUGAAGCAACGCAGUGCUCACCUGAGACCUAAGAUGACUUACAUGCUCAUGGAUGUGUUGCAGAUGAAUUUCCCUGAUGAGCGCUUCCAGGUGGUGCUGGACAAAGGCACUCUUGAUGCCCUCCUGACUGAUGGGGAAGACACCACUUUGAGCAGGGCAGAAAGAAUGUUUGCUGAAAUUAGCCGUGUUCUGCAGUUUGGGGGUCGCUACCUGUGUGUCUCCUUGGCCCAAGCACAUGUACUAAAGACGGCCAUAGAAUAUUUUUCCCGGGAAGGCUGGAUGGUACGAAUACACCAAGUUUCUGGCAAUGCAUCAGGCACUUCAGAGGGAGAAUUUGCCCUGCCAAUCUUUGUCUAUGUUAUGACAAAGAUUAGGCAGGUCCCUGACUCAGCUUUAUACAUCCUGGAGCUGUGCAGUGAAGCACAAGACAAGCCUAUCCGGUUCAAGAGCACUGAGCAUCUGAUUGAGGCAGUGAAAGAGAGGCAGCAGUACUUUCUGCUACGAAACCAGCUCAAUAAGAACCCCAAUUCAGGCACCAUCUCUCUGGAUCUUUGCAGCAAGGACACUGGCCAAGCCCGCUACACUUUGCACGUGGUGCACAGCCUGACUGUGAAAGUGUCUUGUGAUAAUCAGUUUGCCAUCUUUAUCAUACCUCAGGGCAGAGAAACUGAGUGGCUGUUUGGGACGGAGGAGGGACGGAAGCAAUUGGCUGCCAGUGCAGGGUUCUGGCGUCUAGUCACUGUGGCCUUGCACAGGGAUCAACACUAUGCAAGUAUGGGAGCCAUCCAGGCAGAGCUGUCAGAAAAGGUGAUGGAGCUGGCCCCACCCGCUCUCCCAGCCCAGCAGCAGGUGCCUUUUCUGUCAGUGGGAGGUGACAUAGGGAUCCGCACCAUUCAGCAUCGUGGAACUAGCCCCCUUAGUGGGCAGUACAUUAUUGAAGAUGUGAAGGGAGAUGAUGCUCAUUAUUUCCGCCACCUCAUCUUCCUCAGCAACAGGAACGUGGUGCAGUCUGAGGCAAGGCUUUCAUCUGGAGGUUCCCACAAAGGAAAUAAGAAGCACAAAAAGAAAAAAGAAGCAGCCUCCGGUAACCCUGCUGAGCCCUCUGCUGUACCAGCCAGGCAGUCCAUCGACAAAAGCUUCCUGUGUUGUGCUCAUCAUAGAGCCAUGGUGGCAGGAUUGUGCCUGCUGAAAAAUCCUGAGUGUCUCCCAGAGGCCUUAUUCCAUGUGCUGGUGGUUGGCCUAGGUGGCGGCAGCCUGCCCCUCUUCAUCCACGACUACUUCUUGCAGUGCUGUAUUGAUGUGGUGGAGAUUGACCCUGCUAUGUUGGAAGUGGCUACCUGCUGGUUUGGCUUUUUGCCAGAAGACAGGCUCAAAGUUCACAUUGCAGAUGGCUUAAUUUAUGUUGACAGCCUUGCAGCAGAAGCUUCAUCCCCUUAUGAUGCCAUCAUGUUCGAUAUUGAUAGCAAAGACUCUGCCUUGGGUAUGAGCUGCCCACCCCCAGCCUUUGUGGAGAAAUCCUUCCUUCAGAAAGUCCGGGCCAUUCUGAAAACAGAAGGCAUCUUUAUUCUCAAUUUGGUGUGCCGAGAUACCCUGCUUCGAGAUGCUGUCUUGGUUACCCUUAGAGAGACUUUCCCUUUGCUGUACAGUCGGAGGAUUGAAGGAGAGGUAAAUGAAAUCCUAUUGUGUCAGCAGGAGACCAGGCACAAGCUACUUCCUGUGGAGCUCCAAGGAACAGCUCAGGUUCUGCAGAAGGCCCUACAACAACCUGGUCAAGCAUGGGAUAGCACUUAUGUCCUGGCAGAUGUACUGGAAGCAGUGAGACUAAUGUGAGGAAGGAGUCUUCCAAUUCCAGAAGCUUCUGGUCCUCUGGAGACAAGCAGCAGUCUGCUGUGGUCUGAGAAUAAUGCUGUCCAUCAAUUGCACGCUCAUACUUGUACUGUGGAGUGAUUGACCUUCUAUUCCAAGUGUUGAAGGCAUUCCUUGAAGGGUGAGCAGGAAGUGCUUCUUCAUGGAAACUGAGGUGUUGAGGAUACUACCUGUAGAGGAAGCCAUGAAGCACUUUUCAGGUUUAAUACCUAGCUUUGGACAUGCUUGAAAAUUGGGAGUACUAAAAAUUGCCUGUCUGUCAUUCUGUGUAAUUGAUGGCGAUUGAAAAUAUCUAACACUAGGUGCAAAGAAUGUUGCUUUGUUUAAAAUAAAAUGGCUUCCUUUUUA